GGGUUUAUAUUACAGAAAGGUUAGCUGGAUACGCGGGUGUGACCUCCAGCCUGCCCAACGUAAACCUCUAGUUCUGUUGUUUUUCGAACGAAAACAACCUUCUCUUUCGAUCUAGAAUUGAUCGCUUAUUCCUUUGCGACACCACCUUCUACCGUAGCCUCAUCUAUCUCCUCAUAAUACAUCGCCGAUUUCAAUUAGAAAAAAGACCAAUGGAUCAUCCAUCGAGGGUAUUGGCGCAGGCGCGAGAGCAAUUAGAAGCUCUCAAACAAUCCGGUCUAACUCGCGAUGCUCUACUUGCAUUGCUAGAUGAAGAAACGCCAGAGCAACGGCAAAAUGCCAUGGUAGCCGAAGCUAUCCCAAAUUUCAGCCACCGAGACAUCAAUUCAUUUCCCCAGCCCCCUCGACAACGAUCAUCGAUCUCGUCGUCCCGGUCGAGUUGUUCAAGUCGCGAUAGCGUUUUUUCCUCCGCGUCCGCGAGAAGCUCAAUAUCAUCAACGACAGCCCCGACGUCGGAUGCGAAAUUUUGGUGCACAUCCUGCGAUAAGACGUUCAAGCGAAAAUUCGAUUGGAAACGACACGAAGAGGAAUUCCACGAGCGGUCGCGCAAAUAUCCCUGUCCGAACUGUAACCAGAGCUUUUGGGGACCCAAUACGUUCAAUCAACACCAUAAAUCGGCACAUGGCUGCAAGACAUGCCCACAUGCCGAUACUGUCGUCAAGCAUUUGCCAAAGAGGAGAGCAUGGGGAUGUGGUUUCUGCGCUGCGAUGCAUGGCAAAUUUGAGAAACACAUUGACCACGUUGCCGGGCAUUUUGAGGCCGGAAGCACAAAGAUAGAUUGGCUGCAUUCGAACGUCAUCUAUGGUCUGCUGCACCAGCACCUGAUCCACGAGGCAUGGAAGGCACUAAUUGCGAAGAAGCAAAGCAAGUUCAAUGGGCACCAGCCUAUGUUCAGCUGGAGCCCGGAGUCGACGGGGCGAGCUCAGGGUUUUGUUGAGGGCGAGAAUCCCGGACAAUUACAGGACCUCCUGGAGUUUUUCGACGGUACCAAGGAAUCGGCUGAAAAUAUCGUAGAAAUGGCCUAUACUUGUGUCCACGUCGUGUUUCGACCGAGAUCCACGUCCAUCACCCAAGGAGCUCAAUCACCACCUUCGACAUCUCCCACCAACGCGCACAAGCACAUUUCUGUUCUCCCGAGGACCGCGCCAUCCGCGCCGCGACGCUCAGCAUCUACAUCCGCGAUAUCCAGCAUGAACCGACAAAGUAGGCGAACACCAUCCGCUGAUUCCCGCCACACCACCGUUCCCUCCCAGAUUCCGAAUCUAAACUUAGCUAUCCCGCAACAGCCAAACCAACAACCUCCGCCCAUGAUGAAUGCCUACCAAAGCUUCCCUAUGCAGCAGGCGCCUCAGCAGAGGUACGUGCCGCCUGUCACCACCGACAAGGCCCUACCGCCUGCGCCGUUAGCCCCAUCACCUACUUCGCCGAUGAACCUGGAUUUCCCGCUCUUCAACACAGACGAGGGCAUGCUGCCGCCACUUAACUUCCCUUCAGAGGAUUGGAGCUUCACAAGCACACUCGUCGAAGAAGAGGCGCAAUCGCAUACUUUAUCUGGCAAUUUCCCCAUGACAUGGGAUGAUUUGUAGCAGUUCGAGAGGAAUUCAUGACAACGACGACGAUGAUGAUGAAAAUGUGGGACUCGAUGCCUGUUGAAAAAAAAGCUCAGGAGCUAGUACUUAUUGUAAUAUAGUAGUUAUGCCCCGGGCCUCUAGUGCUCGGCU